AUGACGACUUCUGAUGUGCAUGAGGCUGCCCAUCGUGCUUUUAGUGAGAUCUUUUCGGCUUGGCAUCGGGGCCAGGAAAGUCGUCUUAUUCCCACAGGAGGUGCAACUGUUAAGGGGUUCACAAGGAAGAAGCACCCCGAUUCGUCCUGGAAGACAUCAGUUCAUAUACCUGGAAGGGACAUGAAGUGGCCGACAAUCCUUAUUGAAGCAGGAUGGUCUGAAUCAAUAGCCAAACUAAAGCAAGAUACUUUGUUCUGGCUACGCGAAUCGGAGCAACAGGUUAAGGUUGCCCUUACAAUUCAGGUUACUCGGAGGGGAAGCGUCACAAUCCAGCAAUGGGUACUCGACGAAACAGCUCGCAGUUCUGUUAAGCCUAUCCAAACGAUGCAUAUUACUCGAAACAGAAACCCCCGUUCACAACCCCAGAUCUCAGGGUCGAUACAUGUUCAAUUCGAAGACUGUUUUCUUCGUGCGAAGCGGGGCAACGAGUCAGAUUUUGAUCUAUCGAACGAAGACCUAACGGAAAUUGCAGAAGCUGUCUGGCGUUGCCUUCCGGAGUGA